AUGGCUUUCAAAUCUCAUUGCAGCAACAAAAGAAGAGUAGAGCAUGUGAAUGGUCCUGAUGUUGAAGAGGAAGAUAUUGAUAAAAAUAGUGAUCAUGAUGUUGAAGAGGCAGAGAUCGAUGAAGAUAGUGAUCAUGAUGUUGAAGAGGCAAACAUUGAGGAAGAUAAUAUUGAUCAUGAUGUUGACGAGGCAGAUUUUGAGGAAGAUAAUAAUGAUCAUGUUGUUGAAGAGGUAGGGAUUGAGGAAGAUAAUGAUCAUGUUGUUGAAGAGGCAGGGAUUGAGAAAAACAUUGAAGUUGUUCACAGUAUAGAGCCAAAUCAGUUAGAGGAGGAAAAUCAUGAUACCAUCAAUGAAAAAAGUUACAUUGCAAAUUCAAGAGAGGAAGCUCCUUUUGACAUGGAUGAUCCAGGGAAUUGGAAUAAGAUAGACAAAAAUAUUACUAAUUUUUUGGUUGAAAGAGGCCCCAAAAGAGAUAAUAAUGUGGUCUUUCUGAAAGAUAAAAGCAAUAGGUCUUUUUCUUCUUGGCAUUACUUUAAACAAUUACCAAAUGGAGAGAAACAAGACCGAAAGUGGCUGGUGUAUUCAUUUUCUUCAGAUAAAAUCUUUUGCUUUUGUUGCAAAUUGUUUGCAAUGAAGCAUCUUGUGGGGCAACUAGCUGAAGAAGGCAUGAAUGAUUGGCACAACUAUUCUGAUCAGAUUAAAAGUCAUGAAGAAAGCAGGUAUCACAUUGCAGCCAUGAAAAGUUAG